GCGGCUUAUUGAGCAGUGGACGGUUAUGGAUUUGGAUAGCACUGAAUGUCUACAUGAAGUUCGUUCCGCAGUGUAUCGAGCUGCUCUAAAGCUUCGCACGUUACAAAAACAAUGCCAGAUGCACCUGGUGUCACUGCCGGAUUUGCACCCAGUUCUAAAUACUUUGUGCAGUUCUGGGGAACCAGUGAUUAGUCUUGCUCAAGAAGAUGUACAGCAGCAUCUAGAAGAGCUAUUCCAGAGCAUUUCACAUGAGCUUCCUGAUGAGACGGUUCCUGAAGCCACAGAUCAAACCACCAGGCUUCUCUUUAAACUGUUUGACAGAGAGCAAACUGGUGUUAUUCUGCUCAGGUCAGUGGAGGCCGCGCUGAUCGCCCUCUGUGGAGACACUCUCUCGGCUAAACAGAGAGCUCUGUUCCGACUGGCUGAGAGCUACAGUGGGAAUCAGGAGAGUGACAGGGGCUCUAUCAGUCGAAGUGCACUCAAAAUCCUGCUUGAAGACCUCAGCCAGGUUCCAGCAAUGGUUCAGGAAAACCAUGUUUUUGGUCAAGCUGAAGCUGCAGUGUGCUCUUGCUUUAAUGGGGUAAAUAGUGCACGUGUGACUGAAGAGCAUUUUAUUGGCUGGCUGCAGUCAGAACCCCGGCUGCUGUUAUGGCUGUCCACUCUCUACAGGAUUUCAGUGAGUGAAGCCGUACAGCACAGAGUCCGCUGCCAUGCCUGUAAAGCCUUUCCUAUCNNNNAUUUAAAAUAUAAAAUGACAAAAAAUAGUAACUGACAAUACUUCUACUCUUUUAAUUAUGCUAUAUACUGUAUAUUAUGGUUAUACACAUUAUUCUUUGUUCAGCCAUCCUGGAAGGAGUCAAUGGCGUCACUGGCCUCUAGUGCUCGACACGCUUUGGUACCUCGACACGCUCGGAGAGAAGCAGAGAGGAAGAGAGCCCUGAGAGCAGGCUCUAGUGCAGAGCUGCAAUACAGUGCCCCUUCUCCAGUGCUGCAGUCUGUAGCAGAUCCAGGCAUGCAUAAUGCUCCUGAAAUAAGUCUGACUGCCACCCCUGCUGUGGUUCCAGUAGAGUCUAAAGGCCUGCAGACAGAGGAGACAGAGAUUCCUCAG